AUCUCGUUGCUUUUAAAUCUUUCACCAAUAGCAAGCAAUGAAUAGAAGAACAACGUACAAAGUAGUGCCAUUAUCUCUAUCCUUAUCUUGUGAGCAUGUAUCUCGUUUUACCUGAAUACAAUGAAAGUGCGCAACGUUCAGUGGGUGGGGGCAUUAUAUGAGAAAGAGAGAAAACAAGAGGGAGAGAAAUUGUUCGUCUUGAAAGCCGUCAUGGCUGAUUCAUCGUGAGUGACUCUUUCAAGAGUACGAUAACAAAUGACAUUGUGAUUGAAUCAUUAAGUGUAAGAAGUACAGUGCAUGGAAUUAUUUUUGAAUCAAAGCGAUAAUCUCGAUGUGGAAAUUCCACGAAGAAACGUGAUAAACGGCGUUUUCGCGUGCGCGUAACUUCCCCGUGGAACGAUGAACGGGUUAAGUUUUAGUGAAUUGUGUUGCUUGUUUUGCUGUCCGCCUUGCCCGUCCAGAAUCGCUGCAAAACUAGCGUUUCUACCUCCUGAACCUACGUAUGCAUUUAUUGAAGAUGAAGGUUCCAAAGUUACAAUUUCUUUAUCUGAAAGAGCAGAAUGGCAAUAUACAGAAAGGGAGAAAGAGUCGGUAGAAGGUUUCUAUGCAAGAACGUCACGAGGAAAUCGAAUAGCCUGUUUAUUUGUACGGUGUUCAGCUACUGCACGUUUUACGAUUUUAUAUUCUCAUGGAAAUGCAGUCGAUCUGGGACAGAUGUCUAGUUUUUAUUUAGGACUUGGAUCGAGAAUAAAUUGUAACAUAUUUAGUUAUGAUUAUUCGGGUUAUGGAGUUUCUGGUGGUAAACCGUCAGAAAAGAAUCUUUAUGCGGAUAUAGAUGCUGCGUGGCAUGCUCUUAGAACACGUUACGGUAUUAGCCCGGAAAACAUCAUUCUAUAUGGUCAAAGUAUUGGGACUGUACCCACAGUCGAUCUGGCCGCGCGAUAUGAGGUUGGCGCAGUUGUUCUGCAUUCACCUUUAAUGUCGGGAAUGCGAGUUGCUUUUCCUAAUACCAAAAGAACUUGGUUCUUUGAUGCGUUCCCGAGUAUAGAUAAAGUACCAAAAGUGACAUCUCCUGUUUUGGUAAUUCAUGGAACUGAAGAUGAUGUAAUAAAUUUCAAUCAUGGUUUAGCAAUUUAUGAAAGAUGUCCAAGAGCAGUAGAACCAUUAUGGGUUGAGGGUGCUGGUCAUAAUGAUGUAGAAUUAUAUGAUCAAUAUUUAGAGCGAUUGAAGCAAUUUGUAAGUGUAGAACUGAUAAACUGACGGCGACUAAGCCUCUCCCAGAAUCAGGGGGGGCAGGGAGGAGGACAUACACAUGUGAGCAGUCAAGGACAUACCACUUCUAAUAAUUCAAACACUACCAGUUCUAUUUCAACAAGCUCACA